GGCGCCGCCUCCUUCGCUCCCGGCUCCCGCUCCCGCGGCCGCUGCCGCCCCGGGAAGGAGAGACCGGGGUGGGGUUUGGGGGAGCGCGAGGGGAGCGAGACCCUGGCCGGGCAGGAACCCGGAUUCGCGGGGAGGAGGGCUGGGAGGAGGGGAAGGCUGAGGAGAAAGGAGGGGGAGCGGGAGGAGCGGCCGGGCCUGGGGCCUAGAGGCCGGGAGAGCCGGGAAGCCGGGCCGGCGCGCCGAGAUGCUGCUGCCGCUGCUGCUGCCGUUGCUGCCGCCGCUCUUCCUCCGGCCCCCGGGCGCGAGCGGGGCGCAGACCCCCAACGCCACCUCAGAAGGUUGCCAGAUCAUACACCCGCCUUGGGAAGGGGGCAUCAGGUACAGGGGCCUGACUCGGGACCAGGUGAAGGCUAUCAACUUCCUGCCCGUGGACUAUGAGAUUGAGUAUGUGUGCCGGGGCGAGCGAGAGGUGGUGGGGCCCAAGGUCCGGAAGUGCCUGGCCAACGGCUCCUGGACGGACAUGGACACGCCCAGCAGAUGCGUCCGAAUCUGCUCCAAGUCCUAUUUGGCCCUGGAGAACGGGAAGGUUUUCCUCACGGGUGGGGACCUCCCUGCUCUGGACGGAGCCCGGGUGGAUUUCCGAUGUGACCCUGACUUCCAUCUUGUGGGCAGCUCCAGGAGCAUCUGUAGUCAGGGCCAGUGGAGCACUCCCAAGCCGCAGUGCCAGGAGAGACCCCUGCAUUUAAUAAUAUUUAGGCUCCACAAAACCAGGAUCUGCCCGUGUCUUAGCUGUUGGCACUCCUGUCUCAAACUCUGUUGUCCUAUGAAAAAUAAAAGAAGAAAACCGGCAGUGAAUCGAACGCCGCACUCAGAACGGCGCGCAGUGUACAUCGGGGCGCUGUUCCCCAUGAGCGGGGGCUGGCCCGGGGGCCAGGCCUGCCAGCCCGCGGUGGAGAUGGCGCUGGAGGACGUGAACAGCCGCAGGGACAUCCUGCCGGACUAUGAGCUCAAGCUCAUCCACCACGACAGCAAGUGUGACCCAGGCCAAGCCACCAAGUACCUGUACGAGCUGCUCUACAAUGACCCCAUCAAGAUCAUCCUUAUGCCCGGCUGCAGCUCCGUGUCCACGCUGGUGGCCGAGGCUGCCAGGAUGUGGAACCUCAUCGUGCUGUCCUAUGGCUCCAGCUCGCCGGCCCUGUCCAACCGGCAGCGUUUUCCCACAUUCUUUCGGACUCAUCCGUCGGCCACGCUGCACAACCCCACACGCGUGAAGCUCUUUGAGAAGUGGGGCUGGAGGAGGAUCGCCACCAUCCAGCAGACCACGGAGGUCUUCACCUCGACUCUGGACGACCUAGAGGAGCGAGUGAAGGAGGCUGGAAUCGAGAUCACUUUCCGCCAGAGCUUCUUCUCCGAUCCAGCUGUGCCCGUCAAAAACCUGAAGCGCCAGGAUGCCCGAAUCAUCGUGGGACUUUUCUAUGAGACCGAAGCCCGGAAAGUGUUUUGUGAGGUGUACAAGGAGCGGCUCUUCGGGAAGAAGUACGUUUGGUUCCUCAUCGGGUGGUACGCUGACAACUGGUUCAAGAUCUACGACCCGUCCAUCAACUGCACGGUGGACGAAAUGACCGAGGCAGUGGAAGGCCACAUCACCACCGAGAUCGUCAUGCUGAACCCUGCCAACACCCGCAGCAUCUCCAACAUGACGUCCCAGGAGUUUGUGGAAAAACUGACCAAGAGGCUCAAGAGACACCCCGAGGAGACUGGUGGCUUCCAGGAGGCGCCGCUGGCCUACGAUGCCAUCUGGGCCUUGGCGCUGGCCCUGAACAAGACGUCCGGUGGGGGUGGCCGCUCCGGUGUGCGCCUGGAAGACUUCAACUAUAACAACCAGACCAUUACCGACCAGAUCUACCGGGCGAUGAACUCCUCGUCCUUCGAGGGCGUCUCUGGUCACGUGGUGUUUGAUGCCAGCGGCUCCCGGAUGGCCUGGACGCUCAUUGAGCAGCUGCAGGGGGGCAGCUACAAGAAGAUCGGCUACUAUGACAGCACCAAGGACGAUCUUUCCUGGUCCAAAACGGACAAGUGGAUCGGAGGGGCCCCCCCGGCUGACCAGACCCUUGUCAUCAAGACAUUUCGCUUCAUGUCCCAGAAACUCUUCAUCUCGGUCUCCGUGCUGUCCAGCCUGGGCAUCGUCCUGGCUGUGGUGUGUCUGUCGUUUAACAUCUACAACUCUCACGUCCGUUACAUUCAGAACUCCCAGCCCAACUUGAACAAUCUGACUGCUGUGGGCUGCUCCCUGGCGCUGGCGGCUGUCUUCCCCCUCGGGCUGGAUGGUUACCACAUUGGGAGAAGCCAGUUCCCCUUCGUCUGCCAGGCGCGCCUCUGGCUCCUGGGUCUGGGCUUUAGUCUGGGCUAUGGCUCCAUGUUCACUAAGAUCUGGUGGGUCCACACGGUCUUCACGAAGAAGGAGGAGAAGAAGGAGUGGAGGAAGACCCUGGAACCCUGGAAGCUGUACGCCACCGUGGGCCUGCUGGUGGGCAUGGACGUCCUCACUCUCGCCAUCUGGCAGAUCGUGGACCCCUUGCACCGCACCAUCGAGACUUUCGCCAAGGAGGAGCCUAAGGAAGACAUCGAUGUGUCCAUCCUGCCGCAGCUGGAGCACUGCAGCUCCAGGAAGAUGAACACGUGGCUCGGCAUUUUCUACGGCUAUAAGGGGCUGCUGCUGCUGCUCGGUAUCUUUCUUGCUUACGAGACCAAGAGCGUGUCUACAGAGAAGAUCAAUGACCACCGGGCUGUGGGCAUGGCCAUCUACAACGUGGCGGUCCUGUGCCUCAUCACUGCCCCGGUCACCAUGAUCCUGUCCAGCCAGCAGGACGCAGCCUUCGCCUUCGCGUCCCUGGCCAUAGUGUUCUCCUCCUACAUCACUCUGGUCGUGCUCUUCGUGCCGAAGAUGCGCAGGCUGAUCACCCGGGGCGAGUGGCAGUCGGAGGCGCAGGACACCAUGAAGACAGGCUCAUCCACCAACAACAACGAGGAGGAGAAGUCCCGGCUGUUGGAGAAGGAGAACCGUGAGCUGGAGAAGAUCAUUGCUGAGAAAGAGGAGCGAGUCUCCGAGCUGCGCCAUCAGCUUCGGUCUCGUCAGCAGCUCCGCCCCCGGCGCCACCCCUCUACGCCCCCAGACCCCUCGGGGGGCCUGCCCAGGGGGCCCCAUGAGCCCCCUGACAGGCUCAGCUGUGAUGGGAGCCGGGUUCAUUUGCUGUACAAAUGAGGGCCCCAGGGAUUGGGGAGGGGCUGGGAGGAAGGCCUCCUCUGUGAGUCUGGGAUUGGCUGGGUCCCCAGGACUGUAGACCCGGCGCGUUUGCUCUCGUGUGCUUGCAGUUUUCU